AUGUUCCGCCACAUCGUUACCCCGCUAACCCCCGCCGCUCUCCCGUCCCCGCAGCUGGUGGCGUUUGUAACGUUCCUCUGCUUCGUGGCCUCCCACUCCCACGAAGCCUACACGGCACUGGCCGCCAUGGAGACGGCGAUCACGGCGCUGUUCUUCCUUCUGUACUUGCUGCGGCUCGAUAAAAAGAUGAAAUGGCUCUUCUGGCCGCUGGCUGAUAUUUUCAACUCGGUGAUUGCAGCGUUGUUCCUCCUCAUUGUGUGCCUCUUUGCGUUAAUAAUCAAGACCAACAAUGGGACACUGGCUGGAGGAGUGUUUGGUCUUGUCUUGCUUGUUCUCUGUGUUGUCGACGCGGUUCUUCUUUUCCAGAAGAUUAGCCUUGGUGCGCCGAGAGAGGGGAAUACUGCAAAAUAA